UUCUCUUCGUUCUUCCGGUUAUGUAUGUUGUUGAAAAGAAAAGACGAAUGCCUGGAGAAAACAAAACACUACGAAUACGGAUAGUGAAAGAUGAGUAACCGAAGGGGUGGGGCUAAGUCUGUGUGGAAAGCAGGGGGUGGGGCCAGGUCUGUGUGGAAAGCGGGGGUGGGGCCAUUUUCUACAGCUGGAAUGCCUGCUCAGAGUGAUCCUGGUGGAAAGCCGAUCUCCGUCAAUCAGUCAUCCAAACAGCCAGCAGGACCAGGUGAGGACAGUAGUGGUGAUGUGGACCACCAUGGUCCCAAGGACCAUCCAGCCAGCAGCAGGGGAGGAGAAGAAGCCCUGUUGUUCAGAGAAGACAAGCAGGAGACUGGAGUGGUCAGACCCUACCCCCAGGUCCCGGUUCAGACCCACAGCCAGUCCCCGGUCCCAGCUCUGUCCCAGCAGGUGCCCAACAAGGCAGGUACACCUGGUCAACCUGUCACCGUCUUCAAUCCUCCUGUCCAACUACUGCAGGCCCAGCCUGCUGCCCUCGUCGACGGGCAAAUUAAGGCUGCCCUGAAAUCGCUGGUACCCAGUCGUCUCAUCGCCCCGGCUCCAGCCUCCAGCCAGGGCCAGGGGGGUCACAUCCCUCUCCCUCUGCCUCCCAAGGUGCAGCCUGCCCUGCUUGGCCACAUCACUGUCACCCUGGAGAGCCACAUCGCUCCCACCUCCUCCAUCCCUGUGGCAACCAUCAGUGGACAACAGGGCCACUCCAGUAAUCGGCAUCACCUCGUGCCAGCUAAUAUCCAGAUAAUUAGGUCUCCUUCUGUUCCUCAACACACAUUCGCCUCUCACCUACCAAGAGGGGCGAUGGCUGCAGCAGUGAUGUCCAGCUGUAAAGGGCCUGCUGUUCUCAGACCAGCAUCUGGGGCCAGUGCAGGCCCCGUUCAGCACACUGUACAUCACGUCAACCACCAGUCUAUCCAGUCUCGUUCCCCUGUCACCAGCUCUACAGCAGUGGUCCCCAUCUCAGCCACCCGGAACCAGUCCCCUGUCAUCAACCCAACGUUCACCCAGUCUGCAGAGGUGCUGCAUGGGCAUCCAGGGCUAACCAUCCACCCUCCUCCUGCCACCAACAGUAUCCAACGUCCCCAGGGGGCCAGAGACACAGCCACACGCAUCACCCUGCCCUCCCACCCUGCUAUAGGGGGGCAGAAACCCCAGCCCCCCCACACCAUGACACAGAAACUCAUCUUCUGUUCUGGGACUCCAGUUGCUGCUGCCACGGUGGCACCUAUUCUAACCACCACCACUACUGGCCCAGGCACCACCACUACUGGCACUGCGCCACACACCCAGAUGACCAGCAGUACUAUAGUCACCAUGACGAUGCCCACACACUCCUCCCACGCCACAGCACUGACCACCUCUACCAUCCCAGUUGCUAAAGUGGUACCUCAGCCCAUGGCCCACACCUCCCCCCCCCACACCUCCCCCCGUGUCCAAUCAGACUAUCCUGUAGAGAGGACCAACUUGAUCUCCAUCUCUGGCAACCGCUCCUCUCCUAACCCUGUCACCGUCGAGGCCAGGAGUGACAACAGGCCGCCUGUACCAGUGCAAUUCCAGUACUUCCUGCCUGCCUUCUCCUCUUCUCCUUACCCCCGGACACACACCUACACCCCCAUCACCAGCUCCGUGUCCACCAUCAGGCAGUACCCAGUGACGCCCCAGACCCCGAGCUCUGCUCUGCCCAGCCAGCCUGCUAUGGCUGUGGCCACUACCGUUCACCUCAACCCCAUGCAGCUGAUGGCCGUGGACAGGAUUGGUCUACAGUCUGCACAAAUCAGCACCCAGGGAAUCCAACCUCAACCAAUUGGAGCCCAGGGCAUCCAGCCUGCACCAAUGGGAGUGCAGGGGUUACAUAGCUCCGGUCCAAUCGGCGCACAGGGGAUUCAGCAGGCACCAAUCGCAGGGCAGCAGCCUGAGGCCAAACCAUCUGGGAUGGUAUUGGCUGACGGCAGUACGUUUGUAGCUGCUCCUAUGGGCAGCCCGUUUGGCGCCGCACAGCCCGUUGCUACCAUGGUACAGACACACCCACAGGGCGGAGUAGGAGGCGGAGGGCCCACUUUGGUCUCUUCCCCUCGACCCAGCAUCCUCCGCAAGAAGCCAGCCAAUGAGGGGUGUGGUGUUGGUAAGAAUCUGAUCCCGGCAGGGCCUGGUGAGGCUAACAGCAGCAGGGUGGAGGGAGGAGUGAGAGGAGCAGGACCACCAAGACCUGCAGGAGUGAAGCCUAAAGCAGAGGGUCACAUGACCCUGGUGGCUCCUCCAGUCCUAGUCAUGGCUGCAGUGGAGUCUCUACCCUCCCAGGGAGGAGUGGAGCAGCAGGCGGUCUCCUCCCCAGCCCAGCAGCACCUAUCCCAGGCUAUCCCCUCCAACCUGCUGGCCCCCCGUGGUCCUCCACCCCCCUCCCAGCCCAGCUCCAAUACCCACCUCUCUGCCCUGUCGGCUGCCAUGGCCGUGACACCCCCUGGCCCCGCCUCCAUGGCCAAUACUGUCGCCUCCCCCACCCAGCCCGCAGCCAGUAGCACGGCAGCAUGCAGCGGAGGUUCCGCCCACACAGAGGUCAAAAUCAAGCAGGAGGCGGAGUCAAUGGAGAUGUAUCAACCAGUGCCCCAGCCCUCGACGAACUCAGGCCUCAUCACCCAGCCCCGCCAGGCCGGAUCCCUUCACGGGACCCCCUCCUCAGGGGACCUGGUUCCUGGUGCCUCCCCCAGGAAGAAGCCCCGCAAGCAGCAGCACGUCAUUUCCACAGAAGAGACUGAAAUGCUGGAGACCAACAGUACAGAUGAGGACAGGGCUAUGGGUCACAGGCCCCUGGGCAGCAGGGCUAAGAGGAGAGAGUCCCCUCCCAGAGAGUAUGUGGAUGAGGAAGGGGUGCGUUACGUCCCUGUCAGGCCACGCCCACCUGUCACUCUGCUGCGUCACUAUAGGAACCCCUGGAAGGCAGCCUAUCACCACUUCCAGAGGUACAGCGACAUCCGGAUCAAAGAGGAGGAGGAGUCGUUACAGGAAGUGGCCAAUCAGAGAGGAGUAGCACGGCGAGCUCAGGGAUGGAAGAUGCACUUGUGUGUUGCUCAGCUCAGGCAGCUGUCAAACCUGGAGCAUGAUGUGUAUAGCAGACUGACUUCCCUUCAGGAGGGGCUAAUCCCUAAGAAGAGGGCCGGGGUCGACGACGAGCUGCACCGCAUUAACGAACUCAUACAGGGUAACAUACAGCGUUGUAAGCUAGUGAUGGACCAGGUUACAGAGGCCCGGGACACUAUGAUGAAGGUUCUGGACCACAAAGACAAGGUCCUGAAGCUGCUCAACCAGAACGGAGCUGUCAAAAAGUCUAACAGACUGAAACGUAAGGAUCGGGCCUAGCCUGGACUUCCUGUUCAGUCACCAACGUCAAGGAUCUGUUCGUUACAGCAUGCAAUGUGUUUUAAAACCUUUUUUACAACGGAAGAAGAAAAUGUAAACGUUUCUCAGUGGAUAAGUCAAGGGGGUAGUCCCUCCCUGUUUUGUGUUUUUUUUUUUUUUUUGCUGCUUACGUGCCUAAUGAACACGACCCACCUCUGCCCUGCCCGAACGGUAGGACAGGGUGGAAGAGCUGCUGGGAGCUAGAGGUGGAACUGUUGGUACUAUGACAGCUACUCUCUUAUCUCUGUCUGAGCACUGAAGCUGGGUGGACAACAUAACUAGAACCCUCCUGUUGCUUCAGUCAGAGCUCACUGUCUGGAGGGAAUCCCUCUAGGAAUAUGUUCUCACUGAAGAAGACUCAACACUCUAUCUUCCAAAUGGCACCCUAUUCCCUAUAUAGUGCACUACUAUUGACUAGAGCCCUAUGGAACCCUAUAUAGUGCACUACUAUUGACUAGAGCCCUAUGGAACCCUAUACCCUACGUAGUGCACCACUUUUGACUAGAGCCCUAUGGAACCCUAUACGCUACGUAGUGCACCACUUUUGACUAGAGCCCUAUGGAACCCUAUACCCUUUACAGCGCACUACUUUAGACCAGAGCACUAUAAAACCCUAUACCCUACGUAGUGCACUACUUUUGACGAGAGCCCUAUGGGACUCUAUUCCCUAUAUAGUGCACUACUUUGACUAGAGCCUUAUGGAACCCUAUACCCUACAUAGUGCACUACUUUUGACGAGAGCCCUUUGUGUCCUGAACAAAAGUAGUGCACUACGUAGGGAAUAGGAUGCCAUUUGGAAGACAACAACACUGCCUGAAGGCCCCUUCUUUUUUUGUUUUACUUUCUUACAGAGCUCAGGUCUAUCGGUUUUCCUACUUUAGAGUUUAUUUUGGUAUCAUUCAUUUCAAGUUACUUCUUGUCAACAAAAAAAAAAAAGCAAGAGGUUGAACGGAACCUUAAGCACUUACAAACUACAAACAUGUUGUACGAAUUGGUAGCAUCAUCAGGUAUCAUUCAUUUCAAGUUACUUCUUGUCAACAAAAAAAAAAAAAGCAAGAGGUUGAACGGAACCUUAAGCACUUACAAACUACAAACAUGUUGUACGAAUUGGUAGCAUCAUCAUGUGAAGGGGGAAAACCGCGUCUGUAACACAUCGUAUGUAGUGGGUGACUUUGUUCAACAAUGUCUCGCCUUUGGUGCGUUACUUUCACAACGACUGGCAGAAAUCACAUCUUUAUGACUCAUCUUUAUUUAUUUAGAACUUCCUGUUCUGUUUCCAUUUUCACCAUUUAUCUUGUCUUACCUGUGUGAUAAACAAUGUGGUGCCAAAUGCCCAUUUUUUUGUUUCAAUAUUUUUUAUAUUUCUUAUAUUGGAAGAUGGGGCACCCCCAACAGACCUAAUUGUACUGUAUGUGCAGAACUUUAAUGAUGAUUAAAAUAUUGGCGGAGUGUUUAUUAUUUUCAGAUAUUUAUUUGUUAAUUAAUGAGACAGUCUGUAUAAUAGAGAGUUUUACAUGCAGAGAUGUUUUGAAAUGGCUGACGAGCAUAGUGGGUAAUGUAUUGAAAUGGCUGACUAGCAUAGUGGGUAAUGUAUUGAAAUGGCUGACUAGCAUAGUGGGUAAUGUAUUGAAAUGGCUGACUAGCAUAGUGGGUAAUGUAUUGAAAUGGCUGACACGCAUAGUGGGUAAUGUAUUGAAAUGGCUGACUAGCAUAGUGGGUAAUGUAUUGAAAUGGCUGACUAGCAUAGUGGGUAAUGUAUUGAAAUGGCUGACUAGCAUAGUAGGUAAUGCAUUGAAAUGGCUGACCAGCAUAGUGGGUAAUGUAUUGAAAUGGCUGACUAGCAUAGUGGGUAAUGUAUUGAAAUGGCUGACUAGCAUAGUGUGUAAUGUAUUGAAAUGGCUGACUAGCAUAGUGGGUAAUGUUUCAUGGUGUGAUUAAUGACCGUACAUUAUGCGUUUGGUUUUAGAAGGAAGUGUUGUGCUUGUCGUGUAACUACAAUGCCAGAAACUGAUUUCUGUUCAAAUUAUAAGAAGUUGAAUAUGAAAGUGUUUUACUUUUUAGUUUUUUUUUUCCAUUGUCUUUUUUGUUGUUGUUGUUUCUAAUUUUGGGGUUUUGUACUUCAUAAAAACACGUUGUGCUUCUUUUUUCAGAUGUUAUGAUCAGACACUGGGCCUGAAAAUUCAAGCUAUUGUACAUGGGUUCUCUGUUAUUCUAGUAAAACUACUUCAAGGAAA